GAGGCGGUGAUGCUUUAACACAACUGGCUGAAGACUCUACAGCAUCAUGUCUUCCUUUCACAGGAACAGCAGCUACAAGGGACGUGCUGACUACCCUGGCUAUUCAGGGUCUCAAAACCAUACACAGGAUCAUUUAGAAUUUCCAGGUUCUCUGGACAAUCCAGGCUUCCACCGUCCCAGGAACAACCCAUAUUCUUCGGGCUCUAGAACAAAUCCAGACUACCCCAGCUCUCUAGCGGAAGCAGAUUAUCCUGGAUCUCUGAGUAACACAGACUAUCACAGCACCAGGAGUCCUUCAUUCUCUGCACAUUCCAGAACAAGGCCAGACUAUCAGGAGUCUUUUCCUAAGCCAGACUAUAAUGACUUCCAGAACGAUCCCUACGGCACAGGCUCAUCCCCAGAGCCUCACUACCCCGGCUCUCAGCGCCAUCCUGGUUUUGCAGGAGUCAGAAGGAGCAUGAACUAUGCAGGUUCCAGAACCAAUCUAGGUUAUUUGGGAUCCUUGGAAGAACCAGACUACCCUGGGGCUCAGGGCAACUCUGACCAUCCUGGCCCCAGAGCCAAUUCCAACCUGCCAGGCUCCAGAAGAGAUGUAGGUUAUGCUGGUUCCAGAAUCAAUUCUUACCCAAACACCUUGGAGGAACCUGAUUACCCAGGUGCUGAGAAUCAGCCAAACUCUCCCCACUUUUAUGGAGAACCAGACUAUCCUGGUGCUGAAGAAGAUCAUGGUUAUGGCUCUUCCAAACUGGGAGUCAUCAGGAGGAGGAAUGGCCCCUUGGGCAUGCUAGGGAGAGAGAAUGAAGACUACCCUGAAGGCAUUGAAAUGGCGUCCAUGGUGAUGGCAGGUCCACAGGGCCACUCUCCUAGAAAUGGCUAUGUGAAUUCUGCUUACGAGAGAGGAAGUAGCCCUGCCUGUACAGAUGGAAACCUGCUGCUAUGUGAACGUGAUUGGUACACAUCACCCCAAGGACAAAAACUAAUUGCAUCCCUGGUUCCCAUGACAUCCAGAGACAGAAUCAAAACCAUCAGGAACCAGCCGAGGACCAUGAAAGAGAAGAGAGAGCUUAGAAAAAUAGUCGACAAAGAAAAGAGUAAACAGCGCCAGGGCGCCCUAGAGGCCAACUGCUGUGCUCAGUGUCUGAACUCCCUUUCGCUGGCUUCCCGCAGAACCAAGAGCAACCUUUCAGAGCUCCUCAAUUACGUCAGCUUGUGGCAGAAGACAUUCAAGGUCAUCGGAGGCAAGUUCGGAACCAGUGUCCUGUCCUAUUUCAGCUUCCUGAGGUGGCUUUUGAGGUUCAACAUCUUCUCCUUUGUCAUGAACUUCAGCUUUGUCAUCAUCCCGCAAUUCACCGUGGCCGAGAGGAACACCCUCCAGUUCACUGGGUUGGAGUUUUUCACGGGGGCGGGUUAUUUUAGGGACACAGUGAUGUACUAUGGGUUUUACACCAAUUCCACAAUUCGGCAUGGGACGGGCGGACCAUCUUACAACAUGCAGCUGGCCUACAUCUUCACAAUCGGAGCCUGCCUGGUCAUCUGCUUCUUCAGUCUGCUCUUCAGCAUGGCCAAGUACUUCCGGAACAACUUCAUCAACCCCCAUAUAUACUCCAGGGGGAUCGCUAAGCUUGUCUUCUGCUGGGACUUCACUGUCACCCAUGACAAAGCUGUGAAGCUAAAACAGAAGAAUCUGAGCACUGAGAUCAGGGAGAACCUGUCUGAGAUCCGCCAGGAGAACGACAGACUCACGCUCCACCAGCAGCUGACCCGCUUUUCUGCUCACAUAGCCGCCUGGCUGGUCUCUACUGGAGUGGCUGCAGCCUGCUGUGCCGCUGUGUACUACUUGGCUGAGUAUAACUCUGAGUUCUUGAAGACGCACAGGAACCCUGGGGCGGUGCUGUUAUUACCGUUUGUCGUGUCCUGCAUCAACCUGGCUGUGCCUCGCUUCUACUCCAUGUUCCGCCUGGUGGAGAGGUACGAGGUACCAAGACAGGAAGUCUACGUCCUCCUGAUCCGAAACAUCCUUCUGAAGAUCUCCAUCGUUGGAAUUCUUUGUUACUACUGGCUCAACAUCGUGGCCCUGUCUGGUGAAGAGUGCUGGGAGACGCUCAUUGGCCAGGACAUCUACCGGCUCCUUCUCAUGGACUUCGUGUUCUCAUUGGCUGAUUCCUUACUGGGGGAGUUUCUGAGGAGGUUCAUUGGGAUGAAAUUCCUCACAAGUCUCAGCUUACAGGAGUUUGACAUUGCCAGGAAUGUUCUAGAACUGAUCUAUGCCCAGACUCUGACCUGGCUUGGAAUUUUCUUCUGCCCUCUGCUGCCUUUUAUCCAAAUGAUCACUCUCUUCAUUAUGUUCUAUGUCAAAAAUAUCAGCCUGAUGAUGAACUUCCAACCUCCAAGCAAGGCCUGGCGGGCCUCCCAGAUGAUAACGUUCUUCAUCUUCUUGCUCUUCUUCCCAUCCUUCACGGGCGUGUUGUGCACCCUGGCCAUCACCAUCUGGAGGUUGAAACCUUCAGCUGACUGUGGCCCCUUCCGAGGUCUGCCUUCCUUCAUUCAGUCCAUCUAUAGCUGGAUCGACACCCUGAGCAGAAGGUCUGGCUACCUGUGGGUCGUCUGGAUCUACCAGAACCUCAUUGGAAGUGUGCACUUCUUCUUCAUCCUCACCCUCAUUGUGCUAAUCAUCACCUAUCUCUACUGGCAGAUCACAGAGGGGAGGAAGAUCAUGAUCCGGCUGCUCCAUGAACAGAUCAUUAACGAAGGCAAAGACAAGAUGUUCCUGAUAGAAAAGUUGACCAAGCUACAGGAUAUGGAGAAGAGAGCCAACCCCAAUGCACUUAUCCUGGAAAGGAGAGAGGUGGAGCAACAAAACCCUUUGCAUGUGGAGGAACUCAAUGCUGCUCCUGGUGCGUACCAGAACUGCCAGAGACAGAGGCGUGCGGUGACGUAGCCCAAGGUGGAGGGUGUUCAGUCGCUCUUCAGCUGCAAGCCUGACCUCAGAUGAACUUGCUUUUGGUCUGGUCUACUGCAGAAGCUCACAGUGUCACUAGAACCUGGUUUCUGUCUGUUCAGGUCACAUGUUAGCUCUUUACACAAACAGCCACCUUGUAAUGAUGGCCAAACAGCAUUCACCAACACCUCACAUCUUUUCAGGUUCAAUCGAGUGAGAAAGAGUUAGGGAAUCUAGAAUUUUCACAUCAGCUUCAUUCAGUCUAAUGUGUUCCUCCACAAACCCAUUUCUGUGACCAUGAAAAUAUGACAGUAUCUGUGGCUGUAACCAAGCCACGUGCUUCAGCUACGGUACUGAUGGUAUAACCGUACAGAUCACAGGAAGUGAGAGCAGGCAGUUCUGCCUCCCAGGUCAGGGGCUGAAGCCAGAAAGGGAAUGGGUGCUGGGGAGGAAACAAAGAAGCCUACUCACUUCUUUAGACUAGUCAUUUGAUAUUUUUGUGUGUGCAUGCUUGUGUGUGUGCCUGUGUGUGUACAUGGAGGCCAGAAGAGGGCGCUGAGUAUCCUCCAUCACUCUGCCUAUUUCUCUGAGGCAGGAGCUCUCCCUGAACCUGGAUCUAGUGUCUUCUUGGCUAGUCUGGAAGCCAGCAAACUUCAGUGAUCCUCCUGCCUCUGUCCCAAUUCUAUCAGGGUUUACAGGCAUGUGUGGGAUACCUGGCUUGGUACAUAAUAGGUUCUGGGAUUCCACAACAAGCACUCUGACCACUGAGCCACCUCUCCAAUCCUGCGCUUGUUUUUAAAAUAGAAUUUACUGACAACAGCCAAUAAUGGGAGGUCAAGGAGAGAGUCUAGAAACUGAAAAAGGAGGCAGGAAGAAAGGCUUGCGAAGUGCUGGGCUCUUUCUGGCCACGUUGAUCUUCCCCUUGAGGAGAUGGGACUGUGUGUGCCUACAUUGACUUCUCUUUCCUAUGUCAAACCCAGACCUGCGGUUGAGACGAUCAGCGCACGACGAGAAUCCGGAAGUCUGAUGACUGUUGAGUGCUGUGGCUGCCGAUGCCGGUCAAAAGGGGGAAAGAAGAUAAAAAAAUGAGACAACCUCCAUGACAGCUGGGCCUCGGGAGCUUCCCAGGGGUGGAAUCCAAGCCUGAGGCCAAGAGAAAUCUCACCCACCGUGCAAAUGGCUCUGUGAAAGAGGGCACACUUUACUUCCCUUCCAACCCAGAUUGCUGAUUUUUUCCAAAACAAAGUACUUGGAAUUUUCCAGUUAAAACUGUUAAAAUAUUGGAAUUAUCCCACAAAUAGCUGGGACGAGGGAACCU